AUGCAGAUCUUCCUAAAGGGCUUCGCUGGCAGACACUACACCAUCGAAGUGCAGUCCUCUGACACGGUUGACAGCCUCAAGGCAAAGGUCGAGGAGUUGGAGGCCGUUCCUGCUAAGCUGCAGCGCCUUCUUGUCGGUGGCUACCAGCUCGAGGAUGGGCACAAACUUUCCAAAUACAAAAUCGUGGAAUUUGCCACCGUGCACCUUGUCCUGCGUCUUCUUUCCGGCAUGCAGAUUUUCGUGAAGACGUUCAACGGCAAGACCAGCACCCUUGAGGUAGACCCAUCUGAUACAGUCGGUGAUGUCAAGGCAAAGAUGCUGGACCAGCAGAAGAUCAUCUUUGACGGCAGCCGACUUGAUGACCAGCGCAAGCUUGGCUCUUGCAAGGUUCAGAACCAUUCCACACUGCACCUUGAUCUCUGCCCGCGUGAUGGAAAUGGAAUGCAGAUUGCCGUGAAGACACUCCCACUCCCUGGCAGCGAGGCCAUCAGGUUCAAGGUGCAGAUUACUGACACGAUUGGCGAUUUGAAGGCAAAGAUUCAGGACCAACAGAGGCUCCUCUUUAACGGACAGCAGCUUGUUGAUGAGCAGACGCUCGCCGAUUACGAUGUCCAGAGACUAUCCACCCUGCACCUUGACUGUCCCAUGCAGGUUUUUAUGAAGAUGUCCACUGGCCAGACGAUCACUCUAGAGGUGGAGCCAUCUAAUACCGUUGACGAUGUCAUGAAGAAAAUUGGCCACCACAUGAGUCUCACCUUUGAUGGCAACGAGCUUGACAAUGGGAAGACACUUGCUGAGUGCAAUGUCCAUAUGGGGUCUACCCUGCACCUUGAUGCUUAG